AUGGAAAACACUAUCAAGCAAGAAAGUCCUACCAGUGAUAUUGACAAGAAGAAGUCGCCAAAUUUGACCGAGGAGCAGAAGAAGGCCCACCACAUUGCUUCUGAACAGAAGAGACGAGAAAAUAUCCGUGCAGAAUUUGAUCGCAUCGUUCACCUUACGCCGACUUUGACAGAACAGGAAAACCGGUCAGAGCUCAGCAUCUUGAGCAAGUCGGCCGAUUACAUUGACCAAUUGAAGGACGAAAAUAAGCAAUUGUUGGAGUUAUGUCGCCUUAAGGGCAUCCCUGUUCCUGACGAGCUAAUAUAUAAGGGCCCUGGUAUUGCCCACGAGUGA